UUCACAUGUACCGUAUUCAGUUACUCAAUCGAGGUUGAAGCUUGUGCAUAACGAAAAAGGAUAACGAGCCGAGGCAAAAGGAUGAGUCAAUGGAAACAAAUUCAGCAAUUAGAGAUAAAGUUUUUGGAGCAAGUGGACUACUUUUAUGAUGACAACUUUCCAAUGGAAAUUCGCCAGUUUCUGGCUGUGUGGAUUGAAAGCCAGGACUGGGAUACUGCUGCAAACCAUGAAUCGAUGGCCACUGUUCUCUUUCACAAUCUGUUGUUACAAUUGGAAAAGCAGUGCUCCCAAGAGCAGAACUUUCUGCAAAGACACAACCUGAAAAGAAUAAAACAACAGCUUCAGGUAAAAUAUAAAACCAAUCCUUUACACAUGGCUGGUGUGAUUGCUAACUGCCUGAGAGAAGAGAGGAGGAUCAUUGCUACAGCUACUAUCCAGGAACAGGGGCCACUGGAGAAGUCAAUGCAAAAUUCAAUCGUUUUUGAAAGACAGAGGAAUCUAGAUAACAGAAUAGCUGUGAUAAGGAGCAGUGUGCAGAUGAUUGAGCAGGGAGUGAAGUAUUUGGAAGACAUGCAGGAUGACUUUGACUUCAGAUUCAAAACACUGCAAACAAGAGAUCCAGCUGAAAGAAACAAUCAAUAUAUGAAACAAGAGGUUACUACACUCCAGGAAAUGUUGAACAGACUAGACUUCAAGAGGAAGGAAACACUGUCCAAACUGACUGAUUUGAUAAAGGAGAUUGACUCAUUAAUGAACACGCAGCUGAAUGCGGAGCUGAUGGACUGGAAACGUCGCCAGCAGAUUGCUUGUAUUGGAGGUCCUCUUCUCACCAGCCUGGACCAGCUACAAAACUGGUUUACUCUGACAGCCCAGAGCUUGUUUCAAAUCAGAAGGCAGCUGGAUAAACUUGAAGAACUUAUCUUGAAAGUCACAUAUGAUGGAGAUCCAAUUCCAUUACAAAAGCCCCAGUUGGAAGAACGAGUUAAAUACCUGAUCUAUCACCUCAUCAAAAGCUCCUUUAUUGUUGAAAAACAGCCUUCAAUGCCCACUCAUCUUCAGAGACCACUCAUUAUUAAAACCCAGGUGCAGUUUACUACUAAACUCAGGUUGUUGGUUAAACUACCAGAAGUGAAUUAUCAGCUGAAGGUAAAAACAACAUUUGACAAGGAUCUCCCAGCAGGCCGAGUGAAUCGACAAUUCUUCAUAUUUGGAACCAGCACUAAAGUGAUGGAUGUUGAGGAAUCAUCCAAUGGUUGCCUUUCUGUGGAAUUUAGACAUCUGCAACUAAAAGAGCGAAAGUAUGUAAACGGAACAAAAGGGAAUGAGGGUCCUCUUACAGUCACGGAAGAACUCCAUUCCAUAAGCUUUGAGGCUCAAUUCUGCAUUCAGGGAUUAAAUAUUGACUUAGAGACCUGCUCUUUGCCUCUUGUUGUUAUUUCAAAUGUAAGUCAGCUUCCAGGUGGCUGGGCCUCAGUAAUUUGGUACAAUCUACUGACAGAUGACCCCAGGAACCUAUCUUUUUUCACUAACCCUCCCCCAGCAACCUGGAGCCAACUGUCCGAAGUUCUGAGCUGGCAGUUCUCUUCCUUUGCAGGCAGAGGACUUACAAAAGAGCAGCUUUGCAUGCUGGGGGAAAAACUCUUAGGUCAGCAAGCUUCUCACAAUGAAUGUCAUGUUCACUGGUCAAAAGUUUGCAAGGAGAAUAUUCCUGGAAAGCCUUUCAGCUUCUGGCUCUGGUUAGACUCUAUACUGGAACUCAUUAAGAAGCAUCUCUUGCCUGUUUGGAUAGAUGGGUAUAUCAUGGGGUUCGUCAGCAAGGAGACAGAGCGUGCUUUACUGAAGGAAAAGGAGCCAGGAACAUUUCUCUUAAGAUUCAGUGAGAGCCACUUAGGUGGAAUCACUUUCACAUGGGUUGAUCAGUCUGAGAACGGAGAAGUGAAGUUCCAUUCUGUGGAGCCGUACACCAAAAGCCGCCUCAGUGCACUUCCUUUUGCAGAUAUUAUUAGAGACUAUAAAGUUAUAGUGGAUGGGCUCGUCCCAGAAAACCCACUUAAAUUCCUUUAUCCAGGUAUUCCUAAAGAUGAAGCAUUUGGAAAACAUUACAACAGUCAACAAAGCAAAGCAUCCCAGUAUAUUACUUCACAUUUGAUUCCAGUCUCCCAGUUUACAAAUACUGCCUCUGCUCCAUCCUCGUCUCUAGAGUUACCCAUGUCACCUGGAAUGUUUGAUAUACUGAACCAACAACUUAGCCCUUUGGAAAUUGAGACUGCUAUGAGCUCGCCAUAAUCCUCAUGGUAAUAUGAAUACUCACAAUAUCAGAAGAUGUAUAGAUGUAUCCUUUGGCAAGCUCCAUACUAUUUCUACAAUUCUGGUAAAAAAGUACUGACUUUUUCACUAAAAACUCUAAAUUCUCAGAUCUUAAAGGACUGCAUAUAUAGAAAUAAAUAGGUUACAAAUUUAAUAUUCAGUUAUGCUAGAACUAGAAAUAUUUGUUUGUGGUUGAAUACAGAAUUGUGAUGGUAACUUUACCGCGAUUUUUUUUCUGUGCUAUAAACAAUAUAGGCUAUCAAUAAAAAAGCAUCAUACUAUUCACAGUAAUCUAACAAUUUAACAUAGUUUUUUUCUCCAAAUCAAAAAACAUUAUCCAUUUUAUAUACUGCCCCCAAAAGAAAUUGUGCAUGUGGCAAUUUGGAUUUUUAUAAGAUGGUAUGGUAUAAGAGAUAAGAUGUACAAUAAAACGAGUACAUGUAAUUACAAUCCCUAAUAGUGCAAAUAUUAAUAAUGAGUAAAUGUACUUUUUGAAUUAAAAUCAAAGAAUGUUAACUUGUAUAAUGCACUAGUAAGGCCUCAUUUAGAACACUAUGUACAGUUUUAGACUGUACAACCCAAUGAUUGUCUUCAGAAUGAACCAUGCAACUAGCUAUCAAAUGAAUGUACAAUUCCUGGUGAAUGUUAUUUCUAAUGUUUGCCAGCUCCCUGGUCAAGUCCAGAAGUGUCUGUGAUGGGUUCAUUAGGCAGCGAAGACACAACUUUGUUUCAUCCCAUAUAUGUUAUGAUUGGAGAUUGGAGACAAAACUGACAAAUCUGUGGCUUAUGCAAAAACUUUUAAAUGAUUUGCAGUGUGGGAGUGAUCACUUUUUUUUUAGUAGUACAAGACCAUGACCUGCAUGAAGCAAUAAUAAGUGCACUAAGAAUAUUGUCUUUGUAUUGUACUGCUGUUAAGUUUCCAUUAAGUCAUUUCUGAGUGGAUGAUGUGCCUUGACAACUACAGAACUGUAAUCAUGCCUGUCCCCUUCCACAACCACGACAGAGUAAUUGGUACAGUACACGUAAAUUGCUUUUCUGUGUUUUUUAAGUGAUUUGUAAAAGCUUAUUAGGACAUUUCAGCUUGAGUCACACUCAGUGCUUGACUACAUACAUGGUUUUAUACAGAUGUAGCCAUUCAGAAUGCGCAUGAAAUCCCUGUAACAUGUUAUUGGGGCUGUACUUUACUGCGGCAUGUGAUUCGCUGGCCAAAGUUCAUCGACAGGUGGCACUUUUGGUGGUGCAUUAGAUGUUAGUGAAAUGAUUGCUUCAUUUAAUCUCUGUACUGUGCAAGUUUAAGUGCUCAAUAUGGAAUAUUAAUAUGGAAUUUUACAACUAAAGGGAAAUUUUGGUAGCUGAGCAUAAAAAUAACUGUC